AUGGACGUGCACGUGGACAUGGACGUGGACAUGGACGUGGACAUGGACGUGGACGUGGACAUGGACCUGGACAUGGACGUGGACGUGGACGUGGACGUGGACAUGGACGUGGACGUGGACGUGGACCUGGACGUGGACGUGGACAUGGACGUGGACGUGGAGGACUUGGACGUGGACAUGGACAUGGACGUGGACGUGGACGUGGACGUGGACGUGGAUGUGGACGUGGACGUGGACGUGGGUAUGGACGUGGACAUGGUCAUGGACGUGGACGUGGACGUGGACGUGGACUUGGACUUGGACGUGGACGUGGACGUGGACAUGGACGUGGACGUGGACGUUGACGUGGACGUGGACGAGGACGUGGACGUGGACGUAGACGUGGACAUGGACGUGGACGUGGACGUGGACAUGGACGUGGACAUGGACGUGGACGAGGACGUGGACGUGGACGUGGACGUGGACGUGGACGUGGACAUGGACGUGGACAUGGACGUGGACAUGGACGUGGACGUAGAGGUAGACGUGGACGUCGACGUGGACGUGGACGUGGACGUGGACAUGGACGUGGACGUCGACGUGGACGUGGACGUGGUCGUGGACAUGGACGUGGACGUGGACGUGGACAUGGUCGUGGACGUGGACGUGGACAUGAACGUGGACAUGGACGUGGACGUGAACGUGGACGUGGACGUAGAAAUGGACAUGGACGUGGACGUGGACGUGGACGUGGACAUGGACGUGGACAUGGACGUGGACAUGGACGUGGACGUGGACGUGGACAUGGACGUGGACGUGGACGUGGACGUGGACGUGGUCGUGGACAUGGACGUGGACGUGGACGUAGACGUGGACGUGGUCGUGGACAUGGACGUGGACGUGGACGUGGACAUGGUCGUGGACGUGGACGUGGACAUGAACGUGGACAUGGACGUGGACGUGAACGUGGACGUGGACGUGGACAUGGACAUGGACGUGGACGUGGACUUGGACGUAGACAUGGUCGUGGACGUGGACGUGGACGUGGUCGUGGACGUGGACGUGGACGUGGACGUGGACGUGGACAUGGACGUGGACGUGGACGUGGACAUGGACGUGGACGUGGACGAGGAGGUGGACGUUGACGUGGACGUGGACGUGGACGUGGACUUGGACGUGGACGUGGACGUGGACAUGGACGUGGACAUGGACGUGGACAUGGACGUGGACGUGGACGUAGACGUGGACGUGGACGUGGACAAGGACGUGGACGUGGACGUGGACGUGGACAUGGACGUGGACGUGGACGUGGACAUGGACGUGGACGUGGACGUGGACAUGGACAUGGACGUGGACGUGGACGUGGACGUGGACAUGGACAUGGACGUGGACGUGGACGUGGACGUAGACGUAGACGUGGACGUGGACGUGGACAUGGACAUGGACGUGGACGUGGACGUGGACGUGGACAUGGUCGUGGACGUGGACGUGGACGUGGACAUGGACGUGGACGUGGACGUGGACGUGGACGUGGACGUGGACAUGGACAUGGACAUGGACGUGGACGUGGACCUGGACGUGGACAUGGACAUGGACGUGGACAUGGACAUGGACAUGGACGUGGACGUGGACAUGGACAUGGACAUCGACAUGGACGUGGACGUGGACGUGGACGUGGACAUGGACGUGGACAUGGACAUGGACGUGGACGUGGACGUGGACGUGGACAUGGUCAUGGACGUGGACGUGGACGUGGACGUGGACAUGGACAUGGACGUGGACGUGGACGUGGACGUGGACGUGGACGUGGACGUGGACGUGGACGUGGACGUGGACGUGGACAUGGACAUGGACGUGGACGUGGACGUGGACGUGGACAUGGUCGUGGACGUGGACGUGGACAUGGACGUGGACGUGGACGUGGACGUGGACAUGGACGUGGACGUGGACGUGGACGUGGACGUGGACGUGGACGUGGACGUGGACAUGGACGUGGACGUGGACAUGGACGUGGACGUGGACGUGGACGUGGACGUGGACUUGGACGUGGACGUGGACGUGGACGUGGACGAGGACGUGGACGUGGACGUGGACGUGGACGUGGACGUGGACAUGGACGUGGAUGUGAACGUGGACGUGGACGUGGACGUGGACGUGGACGUGGACAUGGACGUGGACGUGGACGAGGACGUGGACGUGGACAUGGACAUGGACGUGGACAUGGACAUGGACAUGAACGUGGACGUGGACAUGGACAUGGACAUGGACGUGGACGUGGACGUGGACGUGGACAUGGACGUGGACGUGGACGUGGACGUGGACGUGGACGAGGACGUGGACGUGGACGUGGACGUGGACGUGGACAUGGACGUGGACGUGAACGUGGACGUGGACGUGGACGUGGACGUGGACGUGGACGUGGACGUGGACAUGGACGUGGACGUGGACGAGGACGUGGACGUGGACGUGGACGUAGACGUGGACAUAGACAUGGACGUGGACGUGGACGUGGACAUGGACAUGGACGUGGACGUGGACGAGGACGUGGACGUGGACAUGGACGUGGACGUGGACGUGGACAUGGACGUGGACAUGGACGUGGACGUGGACGUGGACGUGGACAUGGACGUGGACGAGGACGUGGACGUGGACAUGGACAUGGACGUGGACGUGGACGUGGACGUGGACAUGGACGUGGACGUGGACAUGGACGUGGACAUGGACGUGGACGUGGACGUGGACAUGGACGUGGACGUGGACAUGGACGUGGACGUGGACGUGGACGUGGACGUGGACGUGGACAUGGACGUGGACGUGGACAUGGACGUGGACGUGGACAUGGACGUGGACGUGGACAUGGACGUGGACAUGGACGUGGACGUGGACGUGGACAUGGACGUGGACGUGGACAUGGACGUGGACAUGGACAUGGACGUGGACGUGGACGUGGACGUGGACGAUGACGUGGACGUGGACGUGGACGUGGACUUGGACGUGGACGUGGACGUGGACAUGGACGUGGACAUGGACGUGGACAUGGACGUGGACGUGGACGUGGACGUGGACGUGGACAUGGACGUAGACGUGGACGUGGACAUGGACGUGGACGUGGACGUGGACGUGGACGUGGACAUGGUCGUGGACGUGGACGUGGACAUGGACGUGGACGUGGACGUGGACGUGGACGUGGACGUGGACGUGGACGUGGACCUGGACGUGGACGUGGACGUGGACGUGGACGUGGACGUGGACAUGGACGUGGACGUGGACGUGGACGUGGACGUGGACAUGGACGUGGACGUGGACGUGGACGUGGACGUGGACAUGGACGUGGACGUGGACGUGGACGUGGACAGGGACGUGGACAGGGACGUGGACGUGGACGUGGACGUGGACGUGGACAUGGACGUGGACGUGGACGUGGACGUGGACGUGGACGUGGACGAGGACGUGGACGUGGACGUGGACGUGGACGUGGACAUGGACGUGGACGUGAACGUGGACGUGAACGUGGACGUGGACGUGGACGUGGACGUGGACAUGGACGUGGACGUGGACGAGGACGUGGACGUGGACGUGGACGUGGACGUGGACAUAGACAUGGACGUGGACGUGGACGUGGACGUUGACAUGGACGUGGACGUGGACGAGGACGUGGACGUGGACGUGGACAUGGACGUGGACGUGGACGUGGACGUGGACGUGGACGUGGACGUGGACGUGGACGUGGACGUGGACGUGGACGAGGACGUGGACGUGGACGUGGACGUGGACGUGGACGUGGACAUGGACGUGGACGUGGACGUGGACAAAAACGUGGACGUGGACGUGGACGUGGACAUGGACGUGGACAUGGACAUGGACGUGGACGUGGACGUGGACGUGGACGUGGACAUGGACGAGGACGUGGACGUGGACGUGGAUGUGGCCAUGGACGUGGACGAUGACGUGGACGUGGACUUGGACGUGGACGAGGACGUGGACGUGGACAUGGACGAGCACGUGGUGGACGUGGACGUGGACGUAGUCGUGGACGUGGUGGACGUGGACGUGGACUUAGUCGUGGACGUGGACGUGGACGUGGACGCGGUCGUGGACGUGGACGUAGACGUGGACGCGGUCGUGGACGCGGUCGUGGACGCGGUCGUGGACGCGGUCGUGGACGUGGACGUGGACGUGGACGUGGACAUGGACGUGGAAGUGGACUUUGACGUGGUCGUGGACGUGGACGUGGACGUGGUCGUGGACGUGGACGUUGACAUGGACGUGGACGUGGACGUGGACGUGGACGUGGACGUGGUCGUGGAUGUGGACGUGAACGUGGAGACCUGGACGUGGACGUGGACUUGGCCGUGGACAUGGACGGACGUGGACCUCGACGUGGUCGUGGACGUGGACGUGGACGUGGAAAUGGACUUGGACGUGGACGUGCACGUGGAUGUGGACUUGGAUGUGGCCGUGGACGUGGACGCGGACAUGGACGUGGACGUGGACCUGGACGUGGUCGUGGACGUGGACGUAGACGUGGACGUGGACGUGAACGUGGACGUGGUGGUGGACGUGGACGUGGACGUGGACGUGGUCGUGGACGUGAACGUGGACGUGGUCAUGGACGUGGUCGUAGACGUGGACUUGGACAUGGACGUGGACGUGGUCGUGGACGUGGACGUGGACAUGGACGUGGACGUGGACGUGGACCUGGACGUGGUCGUGGACGUGGACGUGGACGUGGACGUGGACGUGGACGUGGUCGUUGACGUGGUAGUGGACGUGGACGUGGUUGUGGACGUGGACGUGGACGUGGACGUGGACGUGGAUGUGGACGUGGACGUGGACGUAGACGUGGACGUUGACGUGGACGUGGACGUGGUCGUGGACUUAGACGUGGACGUGGACGUGGACGUGGUCGUGGACGUGGACGUCGACGUGGUCGUGGACGUGGACGUGGACGUGGACGUGGUCGUGGACGUGGACGUGGACCUGGUCGUGGACGUGGUCUUGGACGUGGACGUGGACCUGGACGUGGACGUGGACGUGGACGUGGACGUGGACGUGGUCGUGGACAUGAACAUGGACGUGGACGUGGACAUGGACCUGGAGGUGGACCUGGACUUGGACGUGGACGUGGACGUGGACGUGGACAUGGUCGUGGACGUGGACGUGGACGUGGACGUGGUCGUGGACGUGGACGUGGACGUUGUCGUGGUCGUGGACGUGGACGGACGUGACGUGGUGGACGUGGUCGUGGACGUGGAAAUGGACGUGGACGUGGACGGGGUCGUAGACGUGGUGGACGUGGUCGUGGACGUGGUCGUGGACGUGGUUGUGGACGUGGACGUGGUCGUGGACGUGAACGUGGACAGGGACAUGGACGUGGUCGUGGACGUGGACGUGGACGUGGACGUGGUGGACGUGGUCGUUGACGUGGACUUGGACGUGGUGGACGUGGACGUGGACGUGGACGUGGUCGUGGACGUGGACGUGGACAUGGACGUGGACGUGGACGUGGACGUGGACGUGGACGUGGUCGUGGACGUGGACGUGGUCGUGGACGUGGACGUGGACGUGGUCUUGGACGUGGUCUUGGACCUGGACCUGGACGUGGACGUGGACAUGGUCGUGGACGUGGACGUGGACGUGGUCGUGGACGUGGACGUGGACUUGGACGUGGACGUGGACGUGGACUUCGACGUGGACGUGGUCGUGGACGUGGACGUGGACGCAGUCGUGGACGCGGUCCUGGACGUGGAUGUGGACGUGGUGGACGUGGACGUGGACGUGGUCUUGGACGUGGACUUGGAUGUGGACGUGGACGUGGUCGACGUUGACGUGGACGUGGACGUGGACGCAAACGUGGACGUGGUCGUGGACGUGGACGUGGACGUGGUCGUGGACGUGGACGUGGACGUGGACCUGGACCUGGACGUGGGCGCCGACGUGGACGUGGACGUGGUGGACUUGGACGUGGACAAGGACGUGGUCGUGGACGUGAAGGUGAACGUGGUCUUGGACGUGGACGUGGACAUGGACGUGGACGUGGUCGUGGACGUGAACGUGGACGUGGACAUGGACGUGGUCGUGGACGUGGACGUGGAGGUGGACGUGGACGUGGACGUGGACGUGGUCACGGACGUGGACGUGGUGGACGUGGACGUGGACGUGGUCGUCGCUGGGUCGGACGUGGACGUGGACGUGGACGUGGACUUUGACGUGGACGUGGACGUGGUCGUGGACAUGGACGUGGACUUGGACUUGGACGUGGACGUGGUCGUGGACUUGGACGUGGACUUGGACGUGGUCGUGGACAUGGACGUGGACGUGGACGUAGACGUGGUCGUGGACGUGGACGUGGUCGUGGACGUGGUCGUGGUCGUGGACGUGGACGUGGACGUAGUGGACGCGGUCGUAGACGUGGUCGUGGACGUGGACCUGGAUGCGGUCGUGGACGUGGACGUGGACGUGGACGCGGUCGUGGACGUGGUCGUGGACGCGGUCGUGGACGCGGUCGUGGACGUGGACGCGGUCGUGGACGCAGUCGUGGACGUGGACGUGGACGUGGUGGACGUGGAAGUGGACGUGGACUUGGACGUGGUCGUGGACGUGGACGUGGACGUGGACGUGGUCGUGGACGUGGACGUGGUCGUGGACGUGGACGUGGACGUGGACGUGGUUGUGGACGUGGACGUGGUCGUGGACGUGGACGUAGUCGUGGACGUGGACGUGGACGUGGACGUGGACGUGGAGGUGGACGUGGACGUGGACGUGCAGGUGGACGUGGACGUGGACGUGGACGUGGACGUGGUCGCGGACGUGGUCGCGGACGUGGACGUGGUCGUGGAUGUGGACGUGGUCGUGGACGUGGUCGUGGACGUGGACGUGGACGUGGACGUGGACGUGGACGUAAACGUGGACGUGGACCUGGACGUGGACGUGGACGUGGACGUGGACGUGGACGUGCAGGUGGACGUGGACGUGGACAUGGACCUGGACCUAGACGUGGACGUGGACGUGGUGGACGUGGUCGUGGACGUGGACGUGGUCGUGGACGUGGACGUGGUCGUGGACGUGGGCAUGGACGUGGACGUGGUGGACGUGGACAUGGACGUGGACGUGGUCGUGGACGUGGAAGUGGACGUGGACGUGGAUGUGGACGUGGAUGUAGACGUGGACGUGGUCUUGGACGUGAACGUGGACGUGGACAUGGACGUGAUCGUGGACCUGGACAUGGAUGUGGACGUGGACGUGGACGUGGUCGUAGACGUGGACGUGGACGUGGACGUGGACGUGGUCGUAGACGUGGUCGUGGACAUGGACGUGGACGUGGACGUGGUCGUGGACAUGGAUGUGGACGUGGACGUGGAUGUGAACGUGGACGUGGACAUGGACGUGGAUGUGGUCGUGGAGGUGGAUAUGGAUGUGGACGUGGACGAGGACGUGGACGUGGUCGUGGACGUGGACGUGGACGUGGUCGUGGUCGUGGUCAUGGACGUGGACGUGGACUUGGACGUGGACGUGGACUUGGACGUGGACGUGGACGUAGACGUGGUGGUGGACGUGGACGUGGACGUGGACAUGGUCGUGGACGUGGUCGUGGACAUGGACGAGCAUGUGGUGGACGUGGACGUGGACGUAGUCGUGGACGUGGUGGACGUGGACGUGGACGUAGUCGUGGACGUGGACGUGGACGUGGACGCGGUCGUGGACGUGGACGCGGUCGUGGACGUGGACGUAGACGUGGACGCGGUCGUAGACGCGGUCGUGGACGCGGUCGUGGACGUGGUCGUGGACGUGGUGGACGCGGUCGUGGACGCGGUCGUGGACGUGGACAUGGACGUGGACGUGGACGUGGACAUGGACGUGGAAGUGGACUUUGACGUGGUCGUGGACGUGGACGUGGACGUGGUCGUGGACGUGGACGUUGACAUGGACGUGGACGUGGACGUGGACGUGGACGUGGACGUGGACGUGGACGUGGUCGUGGACGUGGACGUGGACAUGGAAGUGGUCGUGGACGUGGACGUAGACGUGGACGUGGACGUGGAGACCUGGACGUGGACGUGGACUUGGCCGUGGACAUGGACGGACGUGGACCUCGACGUGGUCGUGGACGUGGACGUGGACGUGGAAGUGGACUUGGACGUGGACGUGGACGUGGAUGUGGACUUGGAUGUGGCCGUGGACGUGGACGCGGACAUGGACGUGGACGUGGACCUCGACGUGGUCGUGGACGUGGACGUAGACGUGGACGUGGACGUGAACGUGGUGGUGGACGUGGACGUGGACGUGGACGUGGUCGUGGACGUGAACGUGGACGUGGUCGUGGACGUGGACGUGGACGUGGUGGACGUGGACGCGGUCGUGGACGUGGACGUCGACGCGGUCGUGGACGCGGUCGUGGACGUGGACGUGGACGUGGUGGACGUGGACGUGGACUUGGUCAUGGACGUGGACGUGGACGUGGUGGACGUUGACGUGGAUGUGGACAUGGAUGUGGACGAGGUCGUGGACGUGGACGUGGAAGUGGUCGUGGACGUGGACGUGGACCUGGACCUGGACGUGGAUGUGGCAUGGACGUAA